AUGAAUAAGAAAAAAAAGAAAACUGCUGAGAUUGCUUCAGCUACGUCUGAGAGUGCUAAAAUGGUGGUAAUCAAACCAAGUGAUGCAACGGAAACACCUAAAAACAGAUGGGCCAUCGAAACUAUUCUGUUUGCUGAAGUGAAUAUAAAUAAGUUUUCACCGUUUGGAGGAUCAUCUUAUAUCAAGCUGCCACAUUUUAUCGAGAAAAAGAAUGCAAUUAUCAACGUUCAAAAUAAAGAUGAGUAUUGUUUCGCUUGGGCUGUGACAUCUGCACUGAUGCCAGCUCACGCUCACGCAUCACAAACAUCUUCCUACCCGCACUUCUCUACAAUCCUGAAUGUUGAUGGUAUCACAUUUCCAGCUAAUCUUAAAGACAUUUCAGUGUUUGAAAAAAAUAAUGCUAUAUCCAUCAAUGUUUAUGGGCUCGAAAAUAUAAUUAAGAAUGAGGUGGUAAAGUUUGCUUUGUAUCGGGGUGAAGACGCCUCUAAAAAAUUCAUUACGAAAUUAGAAGCAGAUUUGAAAUUUCUUUAUUUCAAAUAUAUGAAGGAUGUAACUCCAAUAAUUCCUUUAACAUCGGAUGAGCAAAAUGAAUUUGAUAUAGCUACAAUCUGCAAUAUUUGUGAGAAACCAUUUUCAGGAGAAGAUAUAAAAGUCCGCGAUCAUUGUCACAUAACGGGUAAAGAAAGAUCCGGUGCUGCAAAUUCCAAAUGA